GCGCGGCGCAAUGCCGGGGAAGCAUGUUUCCAGAGUCCGGUCUCUAUAUAGACGAAUCUUACAGCUACACCGAGCUCUGCCCCCGGACCUCAAAGCCCUGGGUGACCAGUACGUGAAGGACGAAUUUAGGAGACAUAAGACUGUUGGUCCUGGCGAGGCCCAGCGUUUCUUGAAGGAAUGGGAGACAUACGCAGCAGUGUUGUGGGAACAAGCUAAGGACAGCAGACAGAGCUCAACCGAAAAAGCAUGUUUUGGCACCUCUCUCCCAGAAGAAAAACUCAAUGACUUUCGUGAUGAGCAAAUUGGACAGUUGCGAGAGCUGAUGCAAGAAGCUACUAAACUCAAUCGGCAGUUUAGUAUCACCGAGUCUACAAAACCACAGCUGUGAUACAACAGUCUUAACACAGUGGCCAACAUGUAUAACCUGUUACCUCAUCCACCAUCGACUCUCUAAAAUAUAUUCUUUCAGCUUUAA